AUGGGCAAACAAACGCAAUUGUUUGCAGGACUAUCUCUCUGCUCGACGGGCCUGGACCUGAAUGUAAAGGAUCAAGUUCGCAAGACGAUUGUCGCGUGUGGCGGUUGUUUCCACGACGACCUCAAUGUGGAAAUCACAACUCACGUGAUUGCUACGGCUGUGGGCUCUCUGAAGUACCGCGUUGCUGUGGCCCACGAGCUUCCCGUGGCGUCUCCUCGUUGGGUCUUUGAGAGCUUUCGAGCCGAGAAGCUGCUGGACGUUCAGGAGUUCAAGCUCAGGGCCCUGGAAGGAAUGGGGGUGUGUACAUCUGGACUCACUGUUGAAGCAAAAGACACGGUGGAGCACUUGGCCACGACGCUCGGAGCGCAAUACGAUGGACGCUUAGAGCUGGGGUUCACUAGUGUACUCAUUGCACAGCAUCCAGAAGGAGCCAAGUACGAAGCAGCGGUGGACAACGACAUUCCCGUCGUGCAUCUUGGGUGGCUGUAUGCAUGCUUGGAGCGCCAAAGGCUCGUGGAAGAAGACGAGUUUGCAUUGUUGCCGGAAGCAGUGGAUCCAGGUUUGCAACACGCGAGGCAUACCGUGGAUCAGCGAAUACGCGCGCAAGAACUUGUUGCAGCGUUGCCUGAGCACGUGAGAAACUAUCGUCGCACACAGAAGGAGCACAGGGACGACGCUACUGCAGACGAAGAAGACGAUGCGCAAUGGACCGACUUGUUCGACUGCUGCGUUCUCUAUCUGCUGGGCUUUCCACCACAGAUGACGACGCUACUGCAGCAGUUGAUCCGGGCUGGCAUGGGGACAAUAUACCAUACGCUCGUGACGCGACACGUGACACAUGUGAUCGUGAGCGCGUCGUUGUCGGAUAAGCAGGCGCUGGAAACCAUGAAGGCUCGCGUGGCUACUGACACAAGCAGUAGCAUGGUGCACUUCGUGUCGACGAGUUGGCUUCUCGACUGUGUCAAGUGCUUGGACUUGCAACCCGAAGAAUUGUACCCAGUUGAGCUGGACGGGAAUGUCCUGACGCUUGCACAUCAACUGAGUGCGAACACGACCCCGACCGUCAUCCACAACGGCGAUUCUCUGCUUGCUUCCGACCAAGCACACGUCAAGGCAACAAAGGCAGUGAGCUUGGAUUCAAGUACCGUGCCCGAAGAAUCAUUGCAACGAGCAGACGGCAGCAGUGCCAUGGCGAAAGAGCUGACCAUGCCGCAGCCUUGUUCCACGACAAAACAGGCUCGUAUCUUUGCAGGUUACUCCUUCUUGCUGCUCUGCCGAGACCCUGAAGACGAGCACGCGAUUGCACCAAUGCUCGCAAAUAUUCGAGGAGAGCGAGGAGGUGCCGAGGCAAUCGCCAUUGCUGCCAUUGAUUUUCCACACGUCGAUCCAGAACAGUUUGUGUUUGUCAGUCAUGCAGUCGUGUGCACUGGCGCAGUGAUGGAUGAACAGGCGUCACUGAAAAUCCAAGACCGCAUCCACGACUUUCAGCGCAACUGCAAUGCAGGAGAUCCAGUCGAUGAUGAUAACGCAGAAGACGUUGCUGACCGAUCUCUGAAGCGAGUGCGGCACAACAAGUCGAAGCCGCGACAACGGUUGUUGCAAUUCGUGUCGGAUCUGUGGGUGAACUGCUCGCUAGCAGCGAGGACCAAAUUGUCGUUUGCGUCGCAUGAACUCUUUGGAAUCAGCGCCAACUAUCCACGGGCCUUGUUCCCAAACUCCGUUCCACUACCAGGCUUUGAACAUGUGGUGGCCUCCACUUCAGUAUAUCGUGACGUUGAACAGCUUGUGGUUGUUGAACUCUUACGGAUUGCUGGUGCUCAGGUUACGAGCACACUGAGCAAGCGAAACACUCACCUCGUCUGUCUUCUGCCCUUUGGUAUGAAAUACGAUAAGGCUGUCAAGAGGAAGCUGCAUGUCGUUCGAGCGCGCUGGGUGGUGGAUAGUCUGGUAGCAGGCAAGCGUCUUCGUGAAGACAUGUCGGGUUUCCGUGUGAUCGACGGUGAUGAAACCAGCAGUUUUUCGCACGUUGCAAGCAGUGAUACCGCCUACUCGGCAUGUUCCUCAAGCUCGUCUGCGAAGUAG